GUUUCAAUUUGAGCAAAUGUAAUGUAGAUUUGGCAUGUGUCAAUCAAACUUAUCCAGCAAUAUCAUGUGAUCAUGGAUAUCAAUAUGACAGGACUAUCUUCACAGAAACGGUCAUAACAGAGUUUGACCUGGUAUGUGACCAAAACUACCUAAAUGCUUUAUCAACAUCUUUAUUCUACGUUGGAAUGCUGGUUGGGUCAAUUGUAUUUGGUAACAGUGCUGACCGUUUUGGGCGUAAGCCAGUGAUGAUAACUUCAUUUGUCUUCGUCCUGGGAUGUAUGUUAGGCGUGUCGUUAAGUACUUCAGUUGAAAUGUACAUGUUAUUCAGAACAUCAACUGCAAUAUUUCUGUCUGGCUCCAAUGUUGGGAGCUUUGUUUAUGCUAUGGAAAUCUUACCACAAAAGUGGAUUGGGAUAUUUGGUGUGAUUUACCAAGGGAUUUGUACCAUUGGGUAUAUGGUUUUAUCUGCAAUAGCUUAUGAAUGGAGAGACUGGCGAGAAAUCAUGCUUGCUUCAACUGCCGUUUCAUCCCCCUUUAUGUUAUUUGCUUUGAUCAUUCCAGAGUCACCAAGAUGGCAAUUCACCAAUGGAAUUGACAAGGAGGCCAUUAAGACAACAAAGAAUAUGGCAAAGUGGAAUGGGGUGGUUUUGACUCAAGAGGACUGGGAUAGAGCUACAAAAAAUGCAGACAAGAAUAUAACUAUUCCAAAAAAAUAUUCUUCUCUGGAUUUGUUCAAAACACCUGGUAUUAGAUUAGUAGCAACAAAGGCAAUGUUUGUAUGGUUCUCAACUACUGCGCUAUUUUAUGGUUUAGUAUUGAAUACUGGGGCUUUAGCUGGAGAUGUUUUUGUGAACAACGUUUUAGGUGGGGUUGCAGGAAUGUCUUCCAUGAUCCUUUGCAUGUUAUUGAUGAAUAGGAUUGGAAGGAGGAAGUUGAUUUGUAGUUUGCUAAUCAUCGGAAGUUCGUGCUUGCUUUUAAGCGUUGUUAUCAACCAAUACAAAAAGGCAAAUAGUGGUCUUGAAACUUUGAGCCUAGCUUUUGCUUUUGCUGGAAGGUUUGGAAUAACAGGUGCUACUGAAGUGAUGUAUCCGUUUAUUGCUGAAGUCUUUCCAACUGUUAUAAGGGGAAAUGGUGUUGGAAUUGCUUCAAGUUGUUCUCGCAUUGGAGGAAUUCUUGCACCUUUUGUGAUAUCUUUGCAACAUUACCUGACAUGGCUGCCUGAUGUUGUAUUUGCUGGAUUAGCAUUAAUGGCGGGAUUAGUCUCACUUACUCUUCCUGAAACCAAUGGAUGUGGAUUGAUGGAAACCAUAGAAGAAGCUGAAAUAUUUUAUAAAAACAGGAGGUUUAAAGAUUCCAGUAGUGAUGGCAUGGUAGCCGAUGUAGAAACUUUGGAUAAUGAAGUUCGGAACGAUCUCAUUGAAUCAGCAGACACAUCCGUUCUAUAAAGUUGACAAUGUGUUUUGCAAUUACUGUUUUAAACACUAGUGGCUCUCUAAAUCACUUUCAGUUACUACUCCUGUUUUAGUAUUGUAGUCAAACUAUUCAUAUUCAUACAGGAGUCUUUGAAAUUUGUACUAUUAUUAUACCUUCAUUAAGAAAACACUUUGAAGUGGUGUAU